AUGGCUCAAGAAUCCACUUCGGCUGUUCCCCAAACCCAUCGGGUGCUCUACCUGAAAUCGACAAGAGACCCAUACGACAUUUCCGUCGUCGAGCAGCCCACACCACAGGCUGGACCAGGCAGUGCCGUCAUCCAAAUCCUAGGAGCAGCCGUCCUAUCAUACUCCAGAGAAAUCUUCAGCGGCCGCAAGCCAUAUCCUUAUCCCACCCCCUUUGUGCCUGGCUCAUCUGCCAUUGCUCGGGUUGCAGCAGUCGGUCCAGACGCGACAACGCUAGAAGUGGGCCAGCUAGUAUAUUUCGACUGUUACAUUCACGGGCGCGAUGACCCAAACUCUUUGAUUCUUCAUGGCCUAUAUUAUGGACUCGAUCCCGGAAGUAACAAGCUUAUGGAAAACGAGUGGCGAAAUGGUACAUAUGCCGAGUACUCCAAGGUGCCGUUGGAGAACUGUUUCCCCUUGGACGAGCGGAGACUUCUCGGCAACCCUGCUGAUGGUGGCCUUGGCUAUAAUAUGGCGGACUUGUCGUACUUCUCCAAGUUGGCGGUUCCCAUGGGAGGACUUCGGAAUGUAAACAUUAGGGCUGGCGAAAAGGUCAUUAUUGCGCCGGCGACGGGUGCCUUUGGCAGUGCCGCCGUCCUAGCUGCACUAGCCAUGGGAGCGCAAGUCAUCGCCGUGGGACGAAAGCUCGAUGCACUGGAGAAGGUGAAGACCCUCAGCCCGGAGGGAAGAAUCAGAACAGUCCAGAUCACCGGCGAGGUGGCUCAAGAUGUCCGAGAGUUGACCAAAUUUGGUCCCGCUGAUGUUUUCUUCGACAUAUCCCCAGAGGAGGCAGCUAAAAGCACCCAUUUCACCAGUUGCAUUCAGGCAUUGGGGCGCGGAGGGCGAGUAAGCCUCAUGGGAGCAUUUAUGGAGUUGACAUUGCCUAUUAUGGCGAUGUUUCAAAACGAUAUUACGCUCAAGUGCAAAUUCAUGUACACAAAGCAGGACAUGAGAUUCAUGAUUCAGUUAGCUGAGGCUGGGUAUCUGAAGCUUGGUCAGGCUGGAGGUAUUCAGACGGCUGGCUCAUUUUCGCUUGAGCAAUUUGAGGCUGCUUUUGAUACGGCUGCUGAAAUGGGUGGACCGGGUAUGCAGACUAUCAUCGCUCCUUGA